AUGAAGAAAAGAUAUUUAAGAGAGACCAGUAGCGCCAACUCCAGUCCCAAGAUUUUCGCCAAUCGCCUGCGGAUGAAUCAGGGAGCCAGCGGGCAGCGCAGCAGUAGCCUGGCCAACACUUUUGGCAACGAGGAGGAGGAGGGCGACCUGAAGGAUGCCUGUUGGUAUCAGGCGGGAAUCUCCAGGGAUAUUGCCGUCGAGGUCCUGCAAAACAAGAGCCCAGGGGCGUUUCUGGUGCGCAAGAGCAGCUCCAAGCCAGGGUGCUACGCCCUGACAUUGAGAGUUCCAUCGCCACCUGGGCCAAAAAUAGCUAACUAUAUUAUACUACGAUCUGCCAGAGGAUUCAAAAUUAAGGGCUUUCGCAAGGAGUUCUCCAGUCUGAAGGCCCUGAUCACCCACCACUCGGUGAUGCCCGAACUGCUGCCCGUCCCCCUGGCUAUGCCCCGUCCCACAAACAUGUCCUCCUCAAGGCGCAACCUCGACGACUUUGAUACCUAUGACUCGCUCCAGAUGCUGCUGAAGUAUCUGCGUGCCAAGAACAUGGAGACGGAACAGCACCAGUAGCUAAUGGAGGAAAUCGAUCAACUGGUGGCGCAAAAUUACAUUUAAGUUCUGGAAUGGCAAAACUAUUUUGCUGGAUUCGAACCGAUAUACCAACAAAUGUGAUACUCUAUGAAAAAGAAAAACACAGACACUGCAAAUGAAACGCCUAGCUGAUAAACGGUGAAAUUAUCUAUAGUUUAGUUUUAGUUACUUUUCGGUUAAGUUGUUUUUUGUGGUGUGGUAUUUAUCAAGUUAACCAUUAAAAGGGUGAACAGUGCGGAAAAUAAGUGUAGGGGGCAAGA